AUGUCCCGGCGCAAGGCUUUCGACACUUCGCUUUCCGGAGGCAAGGGAAAGGCCCCCCAGUCCAACUCGAACAACAACGCCAGUUCGAACGCCAAGGGGAAGGGCAAGUCUCCUGCGACUACCCCCGACUCUGACAAUGCUGUUGUCGCUCAGCGCUCCACACCGACUACGGUCGCGGCUCCACCGCCGGAGCUCGACGAUGCGUCCCAGUGUUUCAUUUGUGCGGAGCCCAUCACUUAUUGGGCCGUUGGGCAUGUCUGUGCCAUCCGUUUGCGUGUGUUCUACAAAGUGCUGGAGUGUGCAUACUGCAAGCAGAUGUGUCCUUCUCUGCUCUUUUCGAAGUCACCAGAGACUGAGUUUCCGGAUGGUCCUUUCCGCAAGCCCACCGCCCCAGCGACGAUCGAGCGGGCGCAGGCUGAGGCUACCAAGCCGGAGAACAAGGGCAAGAAGUGGUAUUCGGGCCUUGUCCUCCCCGGCACACUAGACCUGAAGCAGUUCCCUUACUCUGAUGAGAAGCUGGGCGUCGCGUUCGAAGAUGAGGAAGUCAUGGAAGCGUCCCUGCUUCUGCUCCGCUUCAACUGUCCCUACCCCGAUUGCGCCCACAUGGCGAACGGCUGGCCGGCACUGGAGAAGCACACGCUCGCUGAACACGGACUCGUGUUCUGUAAGCUGUGUACGCGUCAACUGUCGCGUUUCUCGCACGAGCAGGUGCUCUACCCUCCUCAUCUCCUGGCUUUGCAUGACCCGUCGCGUCUGCACCGUGGCCAGAAGCCGCCCCGACCUAGGUCGGAAAAGGAACAGGAGCUCGUCAAGUCUUGGGAAGCGCCGCACCCUAUGUGCGAGAACUACAACAAGCUGGAGACGCAUUUCAACCGCGACCACUUCCCGUGCAAGAACCCGAUCUGUAUCGAGAAGAAGUUCCAGGUAUUCGGCAGCCCGCUCGAUCUGCAGGCGCAUAUGAUGGAGGAGCACGGCGAGAACAUGUCCGCGCGCGACAAGGCACAGGCGCGCCACAUCCCGAUUGACUUCAACUCGCGCGGCGAGUCCAGCUCUGCCGCUAGGAGCGGCGGACGCGGAUUCACGCUUUCAGGAGCUCAGCAGCUUGCGGCCCCGCCCAUGGACGAGCGGCAGCAGGCUCAGCAGCGCCGCCAGAUUCAGACCGACCGUCAGGAGGAGGGACGCCGUCGCAAGGCGUUCGUCAUCGGCCUCACCGACGGCAGCAGCGGCCGCGAAGCCUCCGGUUCCGGUUCCGGCAGGCAAAGCCCCCAGGAGUCCGCCAGCGGCUUCGCUACGCCCCGCGAUGACGUUGACGAUGCGACUGUAGCGCGCCACGCCGCCCUGCUCGCGCGCGUCGGCAUGCUUGUCGGCGACUCGCAGACCAAGCUCGCGUCGUUCCGCUCGGCCGUGCGCCAGUUCAAGAACAACGAGUCGUCCGCCAAGGACAUGGUCGAUACGGUUUACCACGUUCUGGACGAGGACGCUGCGGCCACGUCCGGUGUGGUCCGCGAGAUUGCCAAGCUCUUCGACGGCGACGACGAGCGGGAAAAGCAGCAGGCGAUUAUCGCUUCGCUCAGCAACUUCCGUGUUGAGGCUUUCCCCGCCCUUGGUGGCGCCCCCGGCGGCGUCGGCUCAAACUGGGCUGGUGUCUCGUCCGGCCGCAUUCUCUCUGCGAAGCGCGCGACGCACACUGGACGUGGCAGUGCGAACAGCCGUGGAAUCUGGGACCGUGUCGAGGCCGCUGCUGGUUCCCAGCCUCGUGCCACUGUCGGUCUGAACGGCCGUCCGGUCCCCGGAGCGGGCGGUGACGCCUUCCCCUCUCUCGGCGCUGCCGGCCCCUCCAAGCCGGCCGCCCACUCGACGCCGUGGGCUUCUGGCGGUGCCGGCUCGUCUUCGCGUGCGCCGCCCGCGCUUGUCCCGCAGAUCCGCUCGAUCAACUACGCCACGGGCCCGGCCGCCUCGCGCCCGAAACAGAUCAACAAGGACUCGUUCCCCAGCUUACCUUCCUCGCAGGCCGCGAAGAAUGCGGCUGCCGAGCGCGCAGCGCUGUUUAGUAAACCGACUGCGCGACAGGAGUCGAUCGCUCGUAUCCGGGGCACGACGGCCAAGCCCCCGCCCACGAACAGCUGGGGUGGUAGCGGAAACGCGACACCGACUAACGCUGGCAGCAGCUCGUCCAGCGCCGUCAAUGGCGCGACGCAGGCGCUGGAAGAGCUCAGCGUCGACGAGCCCCAGCCCAAGUCCAAGAAGAAGGGCAAGCAGAAGCAGCUGCUGUUCAGCGUCAGCGCGAGCGGCAAGUAA